GGUUCGACGUGGGCGCGUUUCCUCCCCUCCUGUUCUCCGUAAACCAACCCUAACGAUCAAACAAUUGGCGCUCCUCCUCCGGCAAUCAGCUGCCAGCAAGCGAGAACCACGAGAUAUGGUGUGGUUUCAGUGCGAAGACUGCGGCGAGAACCUCAAGAAGCCGAAGCUACCCAAUCAUUUCCGAAUCUGCUCAGCCCACAAGCUAUCUUGCAUCGAUUGUGGGGCCAUUUUUAGCAAGGAGAGCGUUCAGACCCACACGCAAUGCAUGACUGAAGCGGAGAAAUAUGGUCCUAAGGAUCAUGUGAAGCCCUCACAGAACUCAAAUAGUAAGCCUGAGAAACCGAAGAAAAAUGCUGAUGUUGAUAUAACUGUUGGCCUAUCUUCACGGCCUCCCUGGUUUUGUAGCCUGUGCAAUACACCCACUACAAGCAAGCAAACUUUAUUACUACAUGCUGAUGGAAAGAAACACCGGGCAAAGGCCAAAGCAUCCCUUGCUGCUCAGAAACAUUAUAAUCAAACUGAAGAAACAGAAGUUAAUAACAAAAACAAUUCAGUUUCUAAUCCAUAUUCAGGACCUGUUCAAAAAAAUGGUUCCGAAGCGGAUGAACCCAAGCCAAAUGAUACAUCAGUAGUCAACCUAGAAAAGAUGUUUGGCGAAAAGAGGAAACAUGAUGAAGUUGAUAGUGUGAUUGUUACUAGUACUGCAUGUGAUGUAAACAAUGGGGAAGUUAUACAAGCAGAAGAAAAGGAAAAGAAGAACCCAUCAAAGAAAACAAAGUUUGCAGCGAAGCCACCUAACUCUGAAUGCACAGGCAAUCAUGCGGACGACGGGGUGGCUUUGAAGAAGAAAAUAAAGUGGAAGAAACUAGUUAUUUCCGCCUUGAAAUCGAAACCCGAUGGAGCCAUGAAGAUAAAGAAGGUACAAAAGCUUGUAAUGAAGGAACUCAAGGCAUCAGGCAUUGCCGGAGAAGAGUUGCAGCUAUGUGAUACAAUGAUGGAGAAGGUGAAGCUUCGAACAUUCCCGUUCGUCUUCUUCGUAUUUUGGUUGAUUAUGCAGACAAGGCGAACAAGUCCUAGUCAAGGAAACGAGCUGUUUAAUAUAAUUUAAGAUUCUAUUAUAAGAAGAUAACGUGUGAUUUCUCUGAUUUAAGUCUGGAUGAAGCUUGCAGAGGCAGGACUGGUGUAGUCGUUGAGAAUUGGCCGUAUUUUCUCUGUGCCAUUGUUUUAUUUGAACAUUUUCUUAUUUAAAUGCGUCGGCUAGCAAGUUCUAAAUUAUACAGAUUUUGUUAGGGAAGUGAGAAAGAAGAAAAUUAAGUAACAUCUUUGAAUUUUGUUUGUUGAUCAUUUGGAUUCGCAUCCUC